AUGGACGGCUACGACGCGCUGGACGCAGCGACCUCGUCGUAUACCAAGCACCGCGACGACCGGGCGAGUCACCGCGACGACCGAGACCGCGACCGCGACCGCGACCGGGACCGCCGGCAUAGGGACAGGGACUACGACCGGGACCGUAACGACCGGCGGCCACACGACCGUGAUCCCUACGGACGUGAAGGGGGACGCGACCGCGAUCCCAAUGAGCGCCGCAACCGUGAUCGCGACUAUGAUAGGCGGGACCGCGACCGCCACGAUGACCGGGGGCGCGACCAGGGGCGUGAUCGUGACCCAUAUGGUCGUAGAGACGAGCGUGGAUGGUCGCCGCCUCGCCGCCGCGACGACCGAGGCGGGUAUGGGCGCGAGCCGCCUCGCGAUGGAGGCCGCGGCGGCGGACCCAGAGGGGGAGGAGGGCGGCGUAGGGACUCUCCAGCCCGCUCGCCGACUCCGACGGACGCUAUUCCUCUCGAGGACCGUGUUGUCGAGCCGUCGCUGUGGGACCUCGCGCCGCCAGAGUUCCAGGGCAUCUCCGCCCUGGAGGCGAAGAUGACUGGCAUGUUCACUUACGGUCCCGGGCGCGUCGCACCUCCCAUGCAUCUUGGCCAGCUCGCCGCGGGCUUGAUUAACCCCCUGCGCCAGAACAAGCGCGUGUACCAGGCCGACAUCCCUGACACCGUGUCGGAGAAGCAGCUCAUGCGCUUCUGGAACCGCCUCAUGACAGACCGGAACAAGGCCUCUGUGCCCGGAGAGUGUGUCAACCAGGUCCAGGUCAACCGCGAGAAGAAGUUUGCUUGGGUCGAGUUCCGCAACGCCAACGAAGCGACGGCUGCGCUCGAGCUGAACGGCACUGAGUUUGAGGGCGCACCGAUGGAGCUCAAGCGGCCCAAGGACUACAUCGGCAUUGACCCCGCCCUCGGCUUCCUCGGUCCCGCGACCGAGGGCAACAACAAGCUGUUUGUUGGUGGCCUCCCUACCAACCUGGGCAACGAGCAGGUUAUGGAGCUGCUCAAGUCGUUCGGUGAGCUGCGCACCUUCAACCUCGUCAAGGAGGGCAACGGCUCGGUGUCCAAGGGCUUCGCUUUCGUCGAGUACCUUGACCCGGCGGUUACGGACAUGGCGAUCCAGGGCUUGAACGGGUUCCAGAUUGGCGAGCGUGCGCUGGUGGUGCAGCGUGCGGCGACGACGAACCGCGCAACAGGCGGUGCGCAGGAGCAUGGCGCGGCGGCCUUCCUUGCGACCUCCAAGAUUCUCGAGGAGGCGGACGCCGAGCCCGCCGACACGCGCGUCAUGCUCAUGCUCAACAUGGUGACCGAGGACGAGCUGUACGACGACCAGGAGUACGAGGACAUUCUGCUCGACGUCAAGGAGGAGUGUGAGAAGUACGGUGUCGUCGAGGGCGUGCGUAUCCCCCGCCCUGUACCCAAGAGCACCAAGUGGGAAACGAGUGAUUCGGCCGCACAGACGGCCGAGAAGAACCGUCGAAUCAACGAGGAAGCGGGCGUCGGCCGCGUCUACGUGAUGUACACGGACAUCCCGGGUUGCCAAAAGGCCAUGAAGGCGUUGGGUGGGCGGCAGUUUGGCGGGCGUACCAUCCUCGUCGCCAGCACAAGCGAGGAAGACUUUAUGGGACCGGCCCCGCCGCCGCCGCCAUCUGAGCCGCCGAUGCAGCUCGAGGCGCCACCCCCUCCCCCGGUCGCCGCAGUACCCGCACCGCCGGCACCCCCUGCGGCUCCCGAAGACAUGGAUCAGACAGCUGGAAACCUCCUCGCCGAGCUAGGCGUGUAG